AUGGAUGACAAGGCCAAAAAAGCCCUCAUUGAAGAGGCCAAGCAUGCCCAGGAGGUCGCUCAAGAUGUCGCCCUAUCAGGCGCAUAUAUCUAUCCUUUUAAGGGCAUAAUUUAUUUUGCCUACCACAAGGAUCUCUGGCGUCCGCUCCUCUCGCAACUCGGGAGAAUCAGUACCCUCGGUCUUAGCGUGACAGGCACUAUGUUCUUCUUCACCUAUGUGCCACAAGUAGCGAUCAUGUCGUUCACCAGCGGCCCCUUUGCGCCCAUUUCCGCCGCUUUGCUUAUCCUGAGUGAAAGUUCUACGAUUACGAACUUUCUCUCCCGUUCUUUCCUCCUGGAAGAGGCACUGACGGAUACCUUCGACGGCACGCUCGUUGCCCGCGGUCACGAAUCGCUUGUCGCGGAAGGUCGACAGAUCAAGCCCAAGGCGGGCAGAGAUGCCAUUGCCCGACUGGGAAAAAUGGUGAAGCGGCCCCUGGCUCAGUUGAAGCCACAGGCGUUGCUGCAUACGCUGAUCCUCCUGCCGCUGAACUUUAUCCCGGUGGUGGGAACUGCGUUGUACGCCUAUGCGCAGGGGAAGAAGCUAGGGCCGGUGGCACAUACGAGGUAUUUCCAGCUGAAGGGGUGGGGUGAGAAACAGAAAGAUGCAUGGGUGGAGAAGAAUAGAGGGGCAUAUACGGGGCUCGGAAUCGCCUCGUUUAUUUUGGAAAUGAUUCCUUUCGCUUCCAUCGCGUUUUCAUUCACGAAUACUGUGGGCGCGGCGCUGUGGGCGGCGGAUUUGGAGGCCGCACGCCGAUUUCUUUACAAUGAGGAUAUUCGAUUACGUGAGCGCUAUGUUGAGUUCGACUCCAGCGCCCUCUUACGAGAGGCGGGACAACAUAUUGGCCCCAGUCAUGGCCCCCCCGCGUUUAUCAGGAAACUCGCCGAAGGAGGCUUCAAUCGAGUUUUCCUUCUAACUAUGGACGACGGGUUCGAGGCCAUUAUCAAGGUUCCAUAUCAAAUAUCGGGGCCUAAGCACUACGCGACCGCCAGCGAAGCUGCCACUCUACAGUACCUCCACUCCAAAGGCAUCCCUGUACCCAGAAUAUAUGGUUACUCUUCUAGGGAUGAUAACCCUGCUGGCGUCGAAUACAUCGUUAUGGAGAAGGCGCCAGGUGUCAGUUAG